UGUGUGCCGUAGAUGAAAGCGGUUGUUCAAAAGCUCCAGUCGAGUUCGUCAGUCGUUCCUUCUGUCGAUCGUGUGGUCGCUUUUGACUUGUUUACAACGCGUUCUUCCUUUGAAAAAAAAAACAAAAACAUGCUUCCGAAGGUAUUCUAAAUUAAAAAUGGACGAAAAUUAUUCUAAAUACGAAUUUUAGUACUCGUAGUGAACAAUUAGUGUUUGUUAUUGGGAAAAAUGUGUGUUUUUCGCUUGGUUUUGUUCGUUUCGCUGCUGCUAUCCGGCAUUCUACAAAGCUUUGGAUAUGAAGAUGUUGGUCAUCAUGCGGCACAUAAAAUCAAAGCCCAUAGACCUAGUCGAAGACAUAGAGCUGCCAAUGAUGGCACGCUGCGCUUUGAUCCGGAGCCAUACAACCGUAAACUGGGUCUGAACUCCUCGGGGAAGGUGCACUGCAAAGUCGCUGGGGGCGUAGCACCCACUGUGCAAUGGUUUUUAAACGAACAGGACCCGUUACCUGAAGGAAUGACGUCACAAAACGGUACUCUUCUCGUCACGGAUGCAUCACGUCGUCACACCGGCCAGUACACCUGCAGGGCCACUGAUGGCGACAAUUCUAUCACUGCCAAGAUUACUCUGGAUGUUGUUGUGUCACCGCGUGUAUUAGAGCCAGAAGCCGGUCAGCAGAGACACGUGUCUGUUGGGCAAACUGUCCGGCUUGACUGCCGCGCGUCCGGUGAUCCGCCGCCUACCAUACAUUGGGAUCGCAACUUGACUGUGCUGAAUAGACAACAAAUUGACGUAGACGAAGAGGGUGGAGUUAACGCUUCAUUUUCAAGAUUGCUCCUUCUAAAGAAUGGUUCUCUACUUAUCCGUGAUACGGUAGAACAGGACUCGGACCGGUACGGGUGUACUGCGGGCAGCGCCGCCGGUCUAGACCGGAAAGAACUAGUCUUGAUCGUACAUCCAGAAGGUGAAUUACCACCAUCAGAGUCUACUGGAGUAGCAGGCAAGGCGGUGCUGGUCUCCAUCUCCGUGGCUGGAGCUUAUAUGUUGCUAGUUCUAGCAUUGAUGGUCUACUGCAGAAGAAGACGACUUCAAAGAAGGCAAAGAGGAGAGAAAAUGGAGUUAGAGAUGCAAGAAGGAAGGGAAAAGUUAGUGGAAGAGGGAGAAGAAGAUAAAAAGAACCAAAAUGGGGCUGCUGUGCAGAAUGGGAGACUUUUGCCAGGAGAUAGAGAUAGCGGUGCGGAUAAUUCUGAAGUGUCCGGUAUCUCUAAAGCAUCUAAAAAGUCGGGACAAUUUGAACAUUUAUCAAUACCUCGUACAAUGCUGACUGAAGAAAUUACAUUGGGUCGUGGAGAAUUCGGCGAUGUGCUUAUAGCUAAGUUAGAUAUGGCUCAAGUUCGCAAACUGCGCACUAAAGAGGAAGGGGAAUCUGAGCCGCAGAUAAAACCAGUGUUAGUCAAAGUGCUUACCACAAAAGAUGAGGUUUGUAUUAAUUUAUUAUCAUAUUCUUCUUCAAACAAACACACAAACAUAUUUAUUACCUAUUUACUAACUUUUGCCCUCUAUUCCGUUCGCAUGGAAUUCAAAAACUUAAGUAAGCCUAGUGUUCUAUGCCAAAUUUUAUUCAGAUCUGUUCAACAGUUUAGUCUACAAACUAAUAAACAUUCAUACAUCUAA